CUUGACAUCCUACUCCUACUCGUGACAUCCGUAUCCAAGGCCACGGGCAUCAUUACCACCCUCUUCUCCACCAAGACCACUCGACUCGGUGCAUCGGCGCUGCGAUCGUCUCUCAUCAGUGCUACCGCGCAGCAUCAUCCCGCCUGCUCGCGACUAGCACAGAGUCACCAGCUCGCUCAUCCUCACCACCUUCAACAACUGCUGCGCCCUCUGGCUACUCGUUCAGCACCAUUAUCCACCAUGGCUCCCAAACGUCAAGCAGCCAGCAAGAAGUCUCCUUCGCCCGACGCAGAUGAGAAGGCUCUGGACCCCACCCUGGCCGAGCAUGGCGACGCGUCUGAUGGCGAGAUGGCUCAGCCGGCAAAGAAGAGAAAGACGUCAGCAGGCUCAAAGAGCAGCAAGGAUGACAAGAAAUCUGGAGAAUACGGAGGAGCCCCGCUCAAUGACGAUGAUGGAAAGACAUUCAAUGCAAAGAGGAACGACUGGAAUCCUAAUCCGGGAAAGUUGCCAGAGGAUGGAAAGACGCCACUGGAUCAGUUGAGGGAGGAGCUAGGCAAACAGAAAGCUUCAGAGGCUAAAGAUGGGAACGUAAUCUGGUUCAUGGGCAUGAAGUCGCUCCGCAUCGAAGACAAUCGUGGUCUUGCCCACGCCUCGUCCCUUGCAAAAGAGCGUGGCGGCCAUCUCAUAGUCGUCUUCUUCAUCUCACCAGGAGACUGGAAGAUGCACGACCGAGCACCGCAGCGCAUCGACUUUGUCCUGCGCAACCUCGCCGAGGUGCAAAAGCAGCUUCAAGAGCUCAACAUACCCCUCGUCAUUCACACACAGAAGAAGCGCACAGACAUACCCAAGGAUAUGGCUCGCUUUGCCAAGGAGUGGGGAGCUACCAGCGUUGUGGGCAACAUCGAGUACGAGGUUGACGAGUGCUGGCGCGACAUUGCGGUGAUCAAGGAGCUCUCCAAGUCAAACGUCCACGUCGACUUCCUCGAAGACGUCUACGUCGUCCCAGCCGGCGUCCUCAAGACGGGACAGGGCAACCAAUACUCCGUCUUCUCUCCAUGGAAUCGCUCCUGGACGGCCUACCUCUCUUCGAAUCUGGACCUCAUCGAAGAGUCACCACUUCCUGAAGCAAACGACGCCUCGAUCCGCAAAAAGGGGGGCAAACUUGCCCCUCUCUUCGACUCCAAGGUGCCCAGUAGCGUCGAAGGGUUCGAGUGCGAAAACGUCGAUUACAUGAAGAAGCUCUGGCCCGCUGGCUCGCAUGCCGCACGCACCGUACUCGACAACUUCAUCAAGCGAAAAGGCGGCGAGAAUGGGAUGGACGCCCCCGCCACGGGAGACUGCUGGGAUGACGUGGGGCCCAACGCCAAAGAGUCCCGCAUUGGCAGGUACGGCAUUGGUCGUAACCUCGUCUCAGAGAAUGGCUCAAGCAGGCUCAGUCCUUACCUCUCCGCGGGCGUCAUCUCUGCACGCGCCUGUCUGCGCGCUACCAUGAACUUGGAGAAGGGCAAGCUCAAAGUGGGUCGCUCGACGGGCGUCGAGAUGUGGAACACCGAAGUCUCCUUCCGCGACUUCUAUGGGCACGUGUUGGCCGCCUGGCCUCGAGUGAGUAUGCAACGCAACUACAUCCUCAAGUACGAGGCCGUCGUGUGGGAGAACAACGAGGAGCACUUCAAGCGAUGGUGCGAGGGGAAGACGGGCUACCCCUUAAUCGACGCGGGAAUGCGUCAGCUUGCCCACUCGUCGUGGCAACACAACAGGGCGCGAAUGGCUUGCGCCAUGUUCCUGACCAAGCACCUCCUCUGCGACUGGCGCUGGGGCGAACGUCACUACGCCCGCCAUCUGAUCGAUAGCGACCUGGCGUCGAACAACGCUGGAUGGCAGUGGUCCGCUUCCACCGGUACGGACCCCCAGCCCUACUUCCGCGUCUUCAACCCCACCAGCCAAAGCGAGAAGUGCGAUCCUAAUGGGGAGUACAUCAGGCAUUGGUUGCCUGAGCUGAGCGGAGUCAAGGGAAACGCGAUUCAUGAGCCGUUUGCGCGAUUGAGCAGGAGCGAGUUUGAGAAGCUCGACUACCCGAAGCCCAUUGUGGAGCACAAGGCUGCGAGGGAGAGGGCGCUAGCCAGGUUCAAGCAGCCUGGGUCAACCUAAGGGGGCCAUGAAGUAGGGUCGAAAGCUCAAAGUACAUCUAUCUUUCCCAAUCAUUCCCCAUUGUCGUGCGACAUCCCCCCCUCUUCCUCUCUCGAUUAUCACAUCUACUCGCUCUCUCUCUUGCUCUCGUUUAAUACAACGUCGUCGAUUACUCCAUCACACCCGCAGGAGCGUCUUCGAGUCACAAUUUGUUUGCAUUUCAAUUUUUCG